GGCGCCGGGUUUAAGUUGUAGUUUCACUUUAAAAAUGGCCGUUGUUUCAUAUCCAUGAACGCCGAAAUAUGAUCAAAACUAAUAAGCUGCUAAGGUUAAAAACGAAAACAGGCCGACUUCUUGAUGUUGUGCGGGAACACUAUUUGCGGAAAGAUGUUCCUUGCCACAGUGAAGUUUGUGCAGUUUGCGAACAAGGCAACGGAACUUUGCUUUGUAAAUCACUGACUCAUUACGUUGUUCCUGAUUGCCAGGUUUCAAGGCUGUUUCUUGAAAUAUUUGAGAGUGAAGAAAUUCAAGGAGUAAUUUUCUUUGAAACAGUGGUUAAUCAUGUCCAGCAUCAAGGAGGGAGAAAACUUCAAUCUCAACUAAAAGAUAUUGUGAACGAUAACAGGCAGCAGAGCAUCAUAUUCAGUAAUGAGUUCUGUGAUGGGGCUUAUGUUGCCAGGGAACCCAGGGAGUCUUUGGAAGAGUGGCAGUGGAGGUGCAUUUACACUGGUGCUGUUUGGUAUUAUAAUCAUUUAAACCAAGCUAUGCCCCUUGUGAUCUUAACAGAAGACCAGCAGAUUGUGGAAAAGUAUGGAAACAAGUCUGCAGGAGUGUUUAUCAUGAGAACUGAGGACUACCUUACUGAUUUCUAUCCCACUUGUCAAUCAAUUCUGGAGUUGUAUUAUUCUCUGGCUGCUGUAAAUAAUGAAGCAAAUGAAUCAGUGAGUGAAGCAUCCACAAAGGAAUAUCAAGAAUACUUACCAGCCGAAGUUCUUGAAGCUGGAAUUAAAGCUGGUCGUUUCUUGCAAGGAUGUCUCAAUGUCAACAAACAUUGUGCACAAGAUGAGGCAUUUGUUCAAAAGUCAGGCAAGGGUAUGUCAGACAGUAAGGACUCACUAGACUCUGAUGUACUCAUCACUGGCAUGGUGAAUAGAAAUCGGGCUGUGCAUGGUGAUGUUGUGGUGGUGGAGUUAUUUCCCAAAUCUCAGUGGAAGGGCAGAUCAAUGGCUAUUAGAAGCAGUGAUGAAGGUGCAGACGAGUCUAAAGAAGACCAAAGUGACGUCAUGCCAACUGGCCGUGUGGUGGGAGUGGUGCAAAGGAACUGGAGAGAUUAUGUCGCAAGUUUUGCUGAAAAUGAGGAAACCCAGGGUUUAAGGAAACAAGCUGGAAAGGUCGUUGUGGUUCCAUGGGAUUACCGUAUACCCAAGAUAAGGAUAAGUACGCGUCAAGUUGACAGCUUGCGAGAUCACAGAAUUGUCGUUAGGAUCGAUUUAUGGGAGGUGAACUCUAUGUACCCUAGUGGACAUUUUGUUCGUUCGUUGGGCCCCAUUGGCGACCUAGAGACCGAGGUUCAAGCCUUGAUGGUGGAGCACACCCUUGCAGCGCCCUCAUUCACUGAAGCACAGCUGAAGGAGCUUCCCACCAACACAACAGAGAGCCCCUGGGUAAUGUCUGAGGCGGAAAUAGCAAAAAGGCGAGAUUUACGAAAAUCGCAUUUGAUCUUCAGCAUUGAUCCAAAAGGAUGCGAAGAUGUCGAUGAUACUCUAUCUGUCAGAACACUGAAACGUGGGCAGAUCGAACUCGGUGUUCAUAUUGCAGAUGUGUCUCACUUUGUCAGACCAGGGUCUUUGACAGACGCUGAGGCUAAAUCCAGAUCUACCACUGUAUACUUAGCUGAUCGAAGGUUUGACAUGUUACCAGAAGUGCUAAGCGCGGAUCUGUGUUCACUGAUCGGAGGUGUUGAUAGGUAUGCUGUUAGUGUUAUGUGGGUUUUGGACUCAGAGUUCAAUGUUUUGAAGACAUGGUUUGGUCGUACGGUCAUACGAUCUUCCUACAAGCUGUUUUACGAGGCAGCGCAAGCCAUUGCUGAUGGAGAGACAAGCGAUGAGGAGCUCAUAGAAGACAUUCCUGAAUUACAAGAAGUUGAUCGAACGGAAGCAUCUAAAAGAUUGUCAGAAAUUCGUAAAACGGUGACGAAACUUAUGGAUAUUGCAAGAGUUAUUAAGACAAGAAGAACAAUUCAUGGAGCCCUGGAGCUGGAAGGUGUUGAAGUUCAAGUCCAGCUGGGUGAUAAGAAGGACAUUAAAGAUUUAAUUCCUAAAAAGCCCUUAGAAAUCCAUGAAACUGUGGCGGAGUGUAUGAUAUUUGCUAAUCACUGGGUUGCCAAGAAGAUUUCGGAAGCUUUCCCAAGUGCAGCCCUGUUACGUCACCACCCGUUGCCAAGGAAACAGCACUUCUCAAACCUUAUACAUUGUGCAGCCUCUAAAGGAUUUUCCAUCGACACAAGCUCCAAUAAAUCUCUGGCAGACUCGCUCGAUAAGUGUGUUGACCCUCAGGAUCCCAACUUCAACAAGUUGGUUCGUUCUCUUGCAACUCAAGCCAUGUCAAAUGCUCUAUACUUCUCGACUGGUUCCUUGUCCCCGGAACAUUUCUUUCACUAUGGUCUCGCCUUGGAUCAUUACACGCAUUUCACUUCACCGAUAAGGAGAUAUGCAGACGUCAUCGUUCACAGACUCCUUAUGGCAGCAGUUGAAAAUGACAAUAAUAACCAGCUGCCAAGCAACAAAGAACUUCAAGAGACUUGUCAUCAUAUCAAUAUUAAACACAGGGCUGCUCAGAACGCCCAGAAGGAAUCUGUGGAUCUUUUUCAAUGCUUGUUUUUCCAAGAUUUAUCUGAAGACGAUGAGAGACGAAACUGUGACGCUGUUAUUUUCAGCCUCAGAGCCAAUGGUUUCCUAGUAUUGGUUCCUCGUUAUGGUUUAAAAGGUCCAGUCUAUCUCAAGGACAAAACAGGACAAGUAGUAACUUCUCACAUAACAGAGGAAUCAGUGUAUUUUGGCCCAGGAUCGCUUUCUUGUCACGAAUUUCACAUCACAGUUAAGAAUGCAGUGGGAUCAUUUGAUUUUCGACUAUUUGAUCACGUCCAGGUGCGAAUUUCCGUCGCCGAAGCCCGUGCGCAUGCUCAGUCCUUGAAACUGGACCUUUUGUCUAUGGAAACGAGACAGAGUCCUCCACCGGGUGAAAUGGAAUCUCAAGAUGAAGAUUCACACAAAAUGAAAAGGAGUGAACUUAUUAAGGAGGUAAAGUCGAGCCGAAAUGACCAGGACAAAGUUGUUGGAACCCGGCAAGGUCUUGACAGUGACUUUGCCAAACUCAAAUCCGAGUUUGGCCAAACGCACGAGAGUGUGAGCUUAUACUGUCUAAUGGAAUUCUUCAGAGAAAUGUCGCUGAGAGAUGAUGAUGUUUAAGAAGAGAUGAUGAGCAUAACUUUUCCGUUAGACUUUUCUGCCAUGCACGAAAGCUUUUUAAGCAACAACAUUACUAAAUGCACCGACUCUAGCUUGAAAUAUAUAAAAACCCUUCUGCUGCAAAACCCCUCUAUAAUUCAAUUGUCGUAGGCGAAACAUUGUAAGUUUGUAUUGUGAACUGUCAAAAAAGGCUCUAAGAUCAAAAGACAAACAGAUGCGAAAACCAAUAUUAAUUGCAGCUGAAAGACUCAAUUAUCCCAUUUAUGUAGCCUUGGCUUAGUGUAAGCUUGGAAGGGAACAUAUUCCCAACACCUUGUAAAAUUUUCUGUCACUGCCUAACGAACUGCUCACUGAAAUGUGUGUAACAGUCGCUCCUUUAAGAUUUUAAUAAACAUGAUUCACUCGGAAUUUUUCAACAAUC